GAUCUGUGCCCGGGCGUUCGUAUCAGUUUGGUGCGAGUCGUCGUGGAAGCUGCUAGAAAGAAGCUGCGAUCGUUCGUUGUCCCUGUGAUCGUCGAUAAAGAUGUGGUCGGUGUGGAGGUUAGGCGUCCUGGCCCUGGUGCUGGGCAUGCUGGAAGUGUCGUCCGUGCAAGGACAGAACGCAACAACGGGACCGAAGGUGCUUUGUUACUACGAUGGUAGCAACGCGUUGAGGGAAGGUCUCGGUAAAGUGACCGUGUCCGAUAUUGAGCUAGCGCUACCCUUCUGUACCCAUCUGAUGUACGGCUAUGCGGGCGUGAACGCUGAAACGUACCGGCUGCGUUCGCUGAACGAAGAUCUCGAUCUGGACUCGGGCAAGAGCCAUUUCCGAGCAGUGACCACACUGAAAAGGCGUUACCCUGGGCUGAAGGUGUUCCUGAGCGUCGGCAACUACCGUGAUCUGGGCGAGGAGAAACCGUUCGAGAAGUACCUAACGCUGCUAGAAUCGGGCGGCUCGCGUACGGCGUUCGUGAACAGUGCGUACUCGCUGCUGAAGACGUACGAGUUCGAUGGGCUCGAUCUGGCCUGGCAGUUCCCGCAGACGAAACCGAAACGCAUUCGCGGCUGGACCGGUAAAGUGUGGCACGGAUUCAAGAAGCUGUUUACCGGUGACAGCGUGCUCGAUCCGAAGGCGGACGAGCAUCGGGAAGAGUUUACGGCACUGGUGCGCGAUCUGAAGAAUGCGUUCGUGCACGAUAAGUUCCAGCUGGGGUACACACAGCUGCCGCACGUCAAUCAGACCAUCUUCCUGGACAUUCCCCUGCUGAAGGAUAACAUUGACUACGUGAAUGUGGCCGCGUACGAUCAGCAGACGCCGGAGCGCAACCCAAAGGAGGGCGAUUACACCGCCCCGAUCUACGAACCGACGGAGCGUGUCGUGGGCAACAAUGUGGACGAUAAGGUGAAGGCGUGGCACUCGCAGGGCACUCCGCUGGACAAGAUCGUGGUGGGCAUUGCGACGUACGGUCGGGGCUGGCGGUUGGUGGGCGAUUCCGGCAUUACGGGCGUUCCCCCGAUUCCGGCCGAUGGUCCUUCGCCGGCCGGUCCGUACACCAACGUACCCGGAUUCUACAGCUUCGGCGAGGUGUGCGCUAAGCUGCCAAACCCGGGCAAUGCUAAUCUGAAGGGAGCGGAGUAUCCGCUGCGCAAGAUCAACGAUCCUACGAAGCGGUUUGGGCCGUACGCGUUCCGCAUUCCGGAUGAGAAUGAUGAGCAUGGCAUAUGGUUGUCGUACGAGGAUCCGGAAAGCGCAGGCAAUAAGGCGGCGUACGUGAAGGCGAAGGGGCUGGGCGGUAUCUCGAUCAACGACCUGGGGCUGGACGAUUUCCGUGGCACGUGCUCGGGCGAUAAGUUCCCGAUCCUGCGUGCGGCCAAGUACCGGCUGUAGGUGCUGGGUGUUCGGUUUAGGGCGUAAGGACGUAGCAUUAACAAAGGAUUGUAUCCGCUUUUACAUACCAAGACAGCGAGUGUGAUCGACAACUCACAAAUAAACGUUUUUAACUGAUUUUGAUUCAUAA